AUGGCUGGCGGCGGCCGAACGGAGGGUGAGCCGGCAGGAGGAGGCUGUGGCGGGUCAGUGGGGCCUGGGGGUCACGCUGGCCGGCAGCGAGAGGCGGCCGGUGCCGUGGCGGCGAGGCACGAGCUCGCACGGCUAGGGCUCGGCCUCACAGGGCAACGGCGACCAGGAGGCGGCCGGAGGAGCGUCGGGGCGACGGCGACUAGUCGCCGGAGGCCGAGGGAGGGCGGCAUGGCCGACGGUGGGCGACGGCGGCGUGCAGAGACGGUGCGGACCCAAGCUCGGCCCGAACCUACACCGGGUGGCUGCAGAAGACAAGGCAGCGGUCGGGGGCCUGCGGGGACGACGGCGACGGCGGCAAGGGGGUCGCCGGAGGCCCAGGAGGGCCGCGCAGUCAACCCUGAAGCGGCAGCAGCUCGCAGCCAUGAGCUGACUCAAGUUCGGCUCGAGCUACCCGCAGGUGGCCGCGGAUGGCCUAGGAGGCGCCGACAGCGCACACGGACGGCGGGGGCCGGCGGGGACGGCGCCGGGGGUCGGGUCUCGGCCAGGGAAUAA